AUGCCCUCCAACGAAGCUCUUACCCCUCUUCUUCGCCAGUUCCGCGUCUUAAUCGCUGGUGGCUCAUACGGCGGACUAAGCGCAGCCCUGACACUACUUGAUCUUUCCAAGGGUCGCCUUGCUCGCUUCAACUACACAGAGGGCGCCAAACCCCCACAGUACCAAAUCCCAAUCCAAAUCACCGUUGUAGAUGAAAGAGACGGUUUCUAUCACCUAAUUGGUUCACCAAAAGCAUUGGCAUGCGACAAGUUCGCUGCAAAGACAUGGACACGAUUCUGUGACAUUCCCGCAUUGAAGUCCCCAAAUCUCCAAAUCGUGCGCGGGAGCGUGAACACCGUGGAUUUCCAGAAUAAGGUCGCUCAGAUCCUUGAUCUUGAGACUAAGGAAACGAGACAGGAGAAGUACGACUUCUUUAUUGCGGGCACCGGUCUCCGUCGUGUAUUUCCGACUGUGCCGCAGUCGUUGAAGAGGGAAGAGUUCCUACAGGAAGCGACGGGUCAUAAGGAGGCUAUUCGGAAUGCGGAUGAGGGUGUUGUUGUUAUUGGGGGAGGCGCUGUUGGUGUUGAGAUGGCUGCUGAGUUGAAGGAGCUAUAUCCUCAACAGAAGGUUACGCUUGUUCAUUCUAGGGACCGUUUGCUUUCUGCGGAGCCCUUGCCGGACGACUUUGCGGAGCGUGUUGUCGCCGAGCUCAGGGAGCAGGGCGUUGAGGUGAUUCUGGGUCAACGGGUUAUUGAUACCACAGCAGUAGAGGAAGAACAAGGGAAGCGCACAUGGAGUCUGACCUUGGCCAACGGAACGAAACUCAAAGCCGGUCACAUUAUGAAUGCUGUUUCGAAAAGCUCGCCUACCUCAUCGUAUCUGCCCAAGGAUGCCUUGACCGAAGAGGGUUAUGUUAAGAUUCGCCCGAAUUUGCAAUUCGCCAAUCCGGUCCCUAACGCAGAGAACCACUUCGCGGUUGGUGAUAUCGCUCAGUGGGCCGGCAUCAAGCGUUGUGGAGGUGCCAUCCAUAUGGGCCACUAUGCAGGGACCAACAUCCAUCAGCUUAUGCUAGCAGAGGCCACUAAGGCUAAGCCUGAAUUCAUGAACCUCAUCAACUACCCACCUGUCAUGGGGCUGGCCUUGGGACACACGGCAGUCUCGUAUACCCCUGACGAGGGAACUAAGCAUGGCAAGGAGCUCCUGGGGACUUUGUUUGGCGAGGAUAUGGGCUACAGUAUCUGUUGGAACUAUAUGAAGAUGUCCGAGCCGUGCCAGGCAUGA